AUGGCCGAAGAAGAAGUUAUUGUUGCACCUGCUACAAGCUCCGUCCCCUCCGAUGGUAAGCGCAAGUUCGAAGAUCUGCACUCUGAACCUACCGAACAAAAGCCUCUCGAAUCUAACACCGACGGUGCUGAAACCGACGCCGCAGUUGCCGACGAGGGUGAGAACAAGCGCCCCCGCCUUGACGACGAUAAUCAGAAUGACCUAGCUAAUACCAAUGGACAUCAGGAAAAUGCUGCAACUUUGGAAAAUGCUCCUUCGGAGACAGUUCAAGAUGACUCCAAAGAGGUUCCUGUUGAGGAUGCCAAAGAGGUUCCUGUUGAGGAUGCCAAAGAGGUUCCUAUGGAUGAUGCCAAAGAGGUUCCUGUUGAGGAUGCCAAAGAGGUUCCUAUGGAUGAUGCCAAAGAGAUUCCUAUGGAUGAUGCCAAAGAGGUUUCCGUUGAGGAUGCCAAAGAGGUUUCCGUUGAGGAUGCCAAAGAGGUUCCUAUGGAUGAUGCCAAAGAGGUUCCUGUUGAGGACUCUAAAGAGAUUCCUGUUGAAGACUCUGAGCAGGAAAAAGAAAAGGAGCCCUCUAAAGAAACUGAACAACCAUCUAAGGAGUCUAAUGAGGAAGAUGCUGCUGGAGACAAACUACCCAUUUCCAGUUCUAUUGACCCUGCCUUACAAAAUGAGGAGGUUCCUGAUAAUAAGCAAAAUUCUUCUUCUGGACAAAAGCAACCUAUAUCUGUGUCUGACUCAACAACACGAAGAAUUGAAGUUCCUAGCAAUAAGGUUGGUGUACUUAUUGGCAAGUCCGGUGAUACUAUAAGGUACCUGCAGUAUAAUUCAGGUGCAAAGAUCCAGAUUACGAGGGAUGCUGAAGCUGAUCCCCACUCUUCGACAAGGCCUGUGGAAUUAAUAGGAACUGUGGAAAGUAUAGAUAAGGCUGAAAAGCUAAUGAGUGCUGUGAUUGCUGAGGCUGAUGCUGGAGGUUCCCCUGCACUUGUUGCUAGAGGCCUCUCCCCAGCUCAGGCUAUAGUGGGAUCUGAUCAAGUUCAGAUUCAAGUUCCAAAUGAGAAGGUAGGAUUAAUCAUUGGGAAAGGUGGGGAAACAAUUAAGAACCUGCAGACCAAAACUGGGGCACGCAUCCAGGUAUUGAUUCCUCAACACCUUCCUGAAGGCGAUGAUUCUAAAGAAAGGACUGUCCAAGUUACUGGUGAUAAGAGGCAAAUUGAAAUUGCUCAAGAAAUGAUAAAGGAAGUCUUGACUCAGCCUAUCAGGUCAUCAACAGGUGGUUUUGGCCAGCAGGCUUACCGUCCACCUAGAGGAUCUGGUGGUCCACCUCAAUGGGGUCAGCGAAGCUCACAUUAUGGCCAUCAGCAAUCAUAUGACUAUCAACACCGCGGGCCAUAUCCUUCUCACAAUCAAUCAUAUGCUCCUACUCCUUAUGGAAAUUAUCCUCAACAUAUGGCUCCAAGGAGCAGCUAUGGUUCUGGUUGGGAGCAAAGGCCUCACCAGAGUAUACAGGGGCCACCCUCACAUAAUGGUGGUUAUGAUUAUUAUGGCGGACAAGGGGGUCAUUCAUCUGAGGCUCCAUCAUCUGCCCAACAUGCCAGUUCAGUUCCCCAACAUGGUACCGGACCUUCUCCUUUACCCUCCAUGGGCCCAUCCCCAGCUCAGAUGAAUUACAAUUAUGGACAGCCUCAGGGCCAGGAUUAUGGACAUCAGACACCUUAUCAGCAGGCAGGACAUCCUCAACAAGGUUAUGGACAAGGUUAUGAUGAAUCAAAGUAUGAAAACCGUGCCCCUGCGCAAUAUCCUUAUGGAGGACAUCCAAAUUCUCAGCCAACCUAUCCUCAAGCCAGUGCUCAAGUGAAUUAUGCACCUCAACAGCAGUAUGGUAAGCCACCAUUGUAUGGCAUGCCACCUUCACAAGGACAACAUCCACAGUCCUAUGGCCACCCUAGAGCCUCUCAACCUGGAGAAAUUCAGUAUCAGGGUUCUACUCCAGCACAAUCAUAUGGCACAGUGCAACAACCAUAUCCUUAUGCAUCAUCUGGGCCAUCACAAGCAGCAUAUCCCACAUAUGGGUCUGCCCCAGCUGCAGAUGGUUACAGUCACCCUCAAUCUGCUCCUGGACAAGCUUAUACCCAGCCAGGUGGACAGCCCAGUUAUGGGCAGCCAGGUGCUCCGGCGGCAGCCAGUUAUGCUCAAGUUGGUCCUACUGGUUAUGGAUCAUACCCAUCUUCUCAGCAGACUUACCCUGAACAACCAGCGUCUAACAAUGCAGUUUAUGGUUACCAAGCGCCCCAAGAUCCUGCUUACAGCAGCGGGGCUGCACAAGCAUAUAGUGCAGCACCAACUGUGCAGCCAGGUUAUGUUCAACCGACACAAACUCAAGCUGGUUACGACCAGUCUAACCCACAACCAGCAGUUUAUGCGGCUGUACCCGCAGCAGGAACAGCACCAGCUGCAUAUGGUAAGACAGUAUCACCUCAGCCUGCUUAUCCCCAAUAUGACUCCACCCAAGUUUAUGGUGCUCCUCGAUGA